GUUCACCCACCUCAGUUAUGAUCCCUCACUGUGGUACCACUCCAGUUCUGUCCUGGCUUUGGCAUUGGACACCCUUACUGCACCUUACAGGCUGAGAAAUAACAGCGUCCCCAUGUGGCAGUUGGCAGAUGACUUGGCUGUAUCAGGGAGGAAGGUCGUGGCUGCUUAUGGUGCCGUCCCCUUUCCCAUGAUGCACGGCUCCUCUCUCCCUGACGCCCUGAGCACAUACACCGACGUACUGCCGUGGAGGCCUCUGUCUGGGUGCGCUGAAGCAGGAGACGGCCGAUGCUACGGCCAGUGGGCGACGCUCAAAGGCUUCGAAGGCCAGAAACUCAUCAGCUCGCUGGCUGCAGGAACUAAACCGCCCACUCCUCUGCACAGUCUCCACAGCGGAGAGGACGUCCUGGCUUCCUACAUCAGAUCCUUCUAUCCUUCAGCUCCUCUGGCUCUGCAGCUGGUUUCUACUCCCAGUGAGCUGGCACCACCUUUCCCGCAGAUAUUCAGUCAAUCCCUCGGUGCUCAGGGCUUCCUGGAGGGCCAGCCGCCCCGCCUGGCAGUACGCCCCGUGUCGUCUCCUCCGUACCCGUCAUGACUUCCCUCCAGUCGGGUCCUGGGCUCGACCCCUGGCUCUCCGAGCUGCAUCGCGGUGUGAGUGCUUUCGACAUCCGCCGUGUUGCCCCAGCUUCCUUUCUCAAGGGCCUGAAGUGUCAGACUACCAGGAGGCCCUGGAGCAGCUGCGCCUGCUGGCCCGGUGUUACAGAGACGACAGCAGAGGCGUGAUGCGCUCUUCCUCCGAGGAAGAGGACGAUGACUGAAGUUGGCUAGCACGACUUGUAUCUGCCUGCUUUGUUUACCAGCCUGCAUGCUGUCAGCCUGAUGCAGGGAGAUAGAGGAGCUGUGCUCUGCUGUGUGAAAGGAUGAGGACUGAAGUAAUGGGUGACAGAAAAGAGGAAGUUCUGCCCAUGUAGUUUGUAAUUCAAUGACUGUUCAUAUGUAAUUAAAAGUAUUUUAUACAAAAUGCA